AUGGCCACUUCUUUUAUUUCCAAACGACUUCGCUCCAGUGAGGAGGAGAAGCAGGUUGAGCCUAGCUGGCUCCGACGCCAGAUUGUCUCUGGCCUCCAGUCAAUCUCUCGCCGUGCCUGUGUACACCCCAUCCACACCAUCGUGGUGAUUGCCCUACUGGCCAGCACAACCUACGUGGGUCUCCUCGAAGGCAGCUUGCUGGAUACCGUCCGAGACCCGCGCAGUGUUGCUGGUCAGGUGGAUACCGAUGCUCUUCUCCAGGGAAGCCGCAAUCUGCGCCUCGGCGAGUCCACUUCGUGGAAGUGGCAGGCAGAGGAUGCCUGGACCGACUCCGAGAUUGAGAAGCCCGCGGCCCAACACCUUGCCUUGACUACCUUGAUUUUCCCGGAUUCGACUUCUGCCGUUUUGACUGCUCCCGCCUCCGAUGAUGUGCCAAUCCCUGCCAAUGUCUCCGCUUCUUCAGUCCCAUACACACCAAACCUCUUCUCGCAGUUCACCCACGACUCUGCCCUGGCUUACACUGUGCCUUUCGACCAAGUGUCGGAGCUUCUGAAGGCAGUGCAAGAGAUCCCCAACCCAUCCGCGGAUGAAGAAGAGGAGUCUAAGAAAUGGAUCAUGAGAGCUGCUCGUGGCCCCGCAUACGGAUCCCGCAGAGCUGUGAAGCUGUGGUUCGCAGACGCGUGGGGUUCAUUUGUUGAUCUGAUCAAGCAUGCAGAGACCAUUGACAUUGUCAUUAUGGCUCUCGGCUACCUCUCGAUGCACCUCAGCUUUGUCUCUCUCUUCUUUUCGAUGCGCCGGCUGGGAUCCAACUUUUGGCUUGCGGCUACCGUGCUUUUGUCUGGCUCCUUUGCAUUCCUCUUUGGUCUGCUGGUAACCACCAAGCUCGGUGUGCCCAUUAACCUCCUGUUGCUUUCCGAGGGAUUGCCCUUCUUGGUUGUUACCAUUGGAUUUGAGAAGCCAAUUAUGUUUACUCGGGCCGUUUUGAACGCCUCCGUGGAUAACCGCCGACCCCGUCCCGGUGCUGCUCCUCGCCCGUUGGCCUCGAGCACACCCCGGUCUAUCCAGGAGUCCAUCGCAGCUGCAAUCAAGGACCAGGGUUUCGAAAUUGUUCAGCACUACUGCAUUGAGAUUGGUUUGUUGGCUCUGGGUGCCGCCUCUGGUGUGCAGGGUGGUCUCCAGCAGUUCUGCUUCCUCGCGGCUUUGAUCCUGUUCUUUGACUGCGUGCUUCUCUUCACCUUUUACACCACCAUUCUCUGCAUCAAGCUCGAGAUUACCCGCAUCAAGCGUCACGUUGCUCUGCGCAAGGCUCUAGAGGAGGAUGGAAUCACUCACAGUGUCGCCGAAAAUGUUGCUUCUAGCAAUGAUUGGCCUCGCGCCGGCUCUAGUAGCAGUGAUGCCGACACCAGCAUCUUUGGACGCAAGAUUAAGUCUAGCGCCGUGCGUCGUUUCAAGAUCCUUAUGGUUGGCGGUCUUAUUUUGGUCAACGUUGUGAACAUGUCUGCUAUUCCUUUCCGUAACACUGGCAAUGGUGGUCUCCUCUCCCGCUUCUCCAGUGUCCUGUCUCCUACCCCCAUUGAUCCUUUCAAGGUGGCCGAGAACGGUCUGGACAGUGUCUAUGUUGCGGCCAAGAGCCAGAAGCAGGAGACCAUUGUCACCAUUCUCUCCCCCAUCAAGUACAAGUUGGAAUACCCCUCGAUCCACUACGCCGCUCCCACUGAGUCCAGCUCGUUUGACAUUGAAUACACUGAUCAGAUUUUGGACGCUGUGGGUGGAAAGGUUCUGGAGAGUCUCCUCAAGAGUGUCGAGGACCCCUUCAUUAGCAAGUGGAUUAUCGCUGCUCUGACCCUGAGCAUCAUUCUCAACGGUUAUCUCUUCAAUGCUGCUCGCUGGAGCAUCAAGGAACCCGAGGCUGCUCCGGCACCCGUGGAGGUCGUUGCUGCACCCAAGGUCUAUCCCAAAUUUGAACCCAACGAGGAAGUGUCUACUCGUACUUCUCAGGAAUGCGAAGCUCUUCUGAAGGAAAAGCGUGCCCCGAUCCUUACUGACGAGGAGCUGAUUGACCUCUCUCUCCGUGGAAAGCUCCCUGGCUAUGCUUUGGAGAAGACCAUGGAGGACGAGAACCUGAUGAGUCGUGUUGAUGCCUUCACUCGUGCGGUCAAGAUCCGCCGUGCUGUUGUCUCCCGUACCCCUGCUACUGCUGCUAUCACUGCUGCUUUGGAAGAGUCUAAACUCCCUUACAAGGACUACAACUAUGGUCUCGUGCACGGUGCUUGCUGUGAAAACGUCAUUGGUUAUCUGCCCCUUCCCCUGGGUGUUGCUGGUCCCAUCAACAUCGACGGUCAAAACUACUUCAUUCCUAUGGCUACUACCGAGGGUGUACUCGUGGCUUCCACCAGCCGUGGUUCCAAGGCUAUCAACGCUGGUGGCGGUGCUGUGACUGUCCUGACUGGCGACGGCAUGACCCGUGGUCCCUGUGUCACUUUCCCUACUCUGGCUCGGGCUGCCGCUGCCAAGGUCUGGAUCGAUUCCGAAGAAGGUCGCAGCAUCAUCACUGCUGCUUUCAACUCGACUAGUCGCUUCGCCCGUCUCCAGUCUCUGAAGACUGCUCUUGCUGGUACCUACCUCUACAUCCGUUUCAAGACCACCACUGGUGACGCCAUGGGUAUGAACAUGAUCUCCAAGGGUUGUGAGAAGGCUUUGGAUGUUAUGUCCAAGGAGUGUGGCUUUGAUGACAUGGAUAUCAUCUCGCUCUCUGGUAACUUCUGUACUGACAAGAAGUCCGCUGCCAUUAACUGGACUGAUGGUCGUGGUAAGUCUGUUGUCGCCGAGGCUAUCAUCCCUGGCGACAUUGUCAAGAGCGUCCUCAAGAGUGAUGUCGACGCGCUUGUUGAGCUCAACGUCAGCAAGAACUUGAUCGGAAGUGCCAUGGCUGGAAGCUUGGGUGGUUUCAACGCCCACGCCUCUAACAUCGUCUCUGCCAUCUUCCUGGCUACUGGUCAGGAUCCGGCCCAGAACGUUGAGAGCAGCAGCUGUAUCACCACUAUGAAGAACAACAACGGCAACCUCCAGAUCGCUGUGUCAAUGCCUUCCAUUGAAGUCGGCACUAUCGGUGGAGGUACCAUCCUUGAAGGCCAAGGCGCUAUGCUGGACCUCUUGGGUGUCCGCGGUGCUCACCCUACCUCUCCCGGUGAGAAUGCCCGCCAGCUUUCUCGCAUCAUUGCCGCCUCUGUCCUGGCCGGUGAGCUCAGUCUGUGCGCUGCCCUUGCUGCUGGUCACCUCGUCAAGGCACACAUGGCCCACAACCGUAGCGCCGCACCCACACGGUCCUCCACUCCCGUGUCUGCUGCCGUCGGUGCUGCCCGUGGCCUUUCCAUGACCUCCAAGUAA